UCUCACGUCCAACUGCGUCCGCAAGGCUUUUCUGCAUGGCGGGAUUUUACUGUUAUUGCAGUGUGCAGGCGUGUGGAAUAUAAAGGCUGUGUGCAGAAACGUGGAGUGUGUGUGUGUGGAGAAGCACGGAUUAGAGGGGUAGUCUAAUACAGAGAACUGGGUUUCUAAGCAGUAGGAUUUCUCAUCUUUCAUGGAAGGACUAUACCACGAUAUUUCAAGAGUUUCCUAUUACACAGAAUAUGACCGACACCUAGCAUACAGUAAAGGCAUGGCGACGGCGUACCUGGAGCCCAGCCUGAGCCACGGCGUGGGCGGAGGGGUCAAGUCUCGGCUCAGCGGGGGAACAGAGCGUUCUGCCCCUGCCCCUGACCGCAUCCUCAAGGUCAUCCACUAUUUUGAGAGCAAAAGCGAGCACAACGAGCACAGCACAUGGUGCAGCAACAUCCGCCAUGGAGAUGCCACUGAUGUCCGGGGGAUCAUCCAGAAGAUCGUGGACAUCCACAAGGUGAAAUGUGUGGCGUGUUUCGGCCUCCGCCUCAGUCACGUCCAAUCAGGCGAGGUCCACUGGCUCCACCCCGACAUGGGCGUGUCCCACGUGAGGGAGAAAUACGAGCAGAACCGAUCACAGGAUGAGUGGAGGUAUGAGCUGCGGAUCCGCUACCUGCCGAAGGGCUUCCUGAAUCAGUUUACUGAAGACAAGCCAACGCUGAAUUUCUUCUACCAGCAGGUGAAGAACGAUUACAUGUUGGAAAUAGCCGAUCACGUCGACCAGGACAUCGCGCUCAAGCUGGGGUGCCUUGAGAUCAGGAGAUUUUACAGACAAAUGAGAGGAAAUGCUUUGGACAAGAAAUCCAACUACGAGCUGUUAGAAAAAGAUGUCGGUCUCAGGCGGUUCUUCCCCAAGAGUCUGCUGGAUUCCGUCAAGGCUAAAACCUUGCGGAAACAGAUUCAGCAGACUUUUAAGCAGUUUGCCAAUUUGAAUGAUGAACAGAGCAUUCUCAAGUUCUUCGAGAUCCUCGCACCAGUCUACAGAUUCGACAAGGAGUGCUUUAAAUGUGCCCUGGGGUCGAGCUGGGUUAUCUCAGUGGAGCUGGCGAUCGGUCCUGAGGAAGGCAUCAGCUACCUGACAGACAAAGGCUUAACACCAACACACUUGGCUAACUUCACGCAGGUGCAGAGCAUCCAGUACUCCUGCAUGGAGGAGCGAGAGAGGAAAGGCAUGCUGCAGCUGGACGUAGCCGGGGCUGCUGAGCCUCUCACCGUCACCACGCCAUCCUUCACCACUGCAGAGAACAUGGCCGACCUGAUCGACGGUUACUGUCGCCUGGUCAACGGCGUCGCCCAGUCCUUCAUCGUCAGGCCGCAGAAAGAGGGAGAGAGAGCGCUUCCAUCUAUCCCAAAGCUUGGAAACAGUGAGAAGCGGUUAGAAGCUGUCCGAUCAGGAGUUCGUGCCAUCUCUGUAUCAGAAGAUGUUAGCGGGGAUGAAACAGACGACUAUGCUGAGAUCAUAGACGAGGAGGACACAUACACAAUGCCUUCUACCAGGGAUUAUGAGAUCCAGCGAGAGCGCAUCGAGCUGGGUCGCUGCAUUGGAGAAGGGCAGUUUGGAGACGUGCACCAGGGGAUCUAUGCCAGCCCAGAGAACCCUUCUCUGUCCGUGGCCAUUAAAACAUGCAAGAACUGCACCUCGGAUAGUGUGCGUGAGAAAUUCCUGCAGGAAGCCUUGACAAUGCGGCAGUUUGACCAUCCCCACAUUGUCAAGCUGAUUGGUGUCAUCACAGAGAACCCAGUCUGGAUCAUCAUGGAACUCUGCACGCUUGGCGAGUUGAGGUCAUUCUUGCAAGUAAGGAAAUACAACCUGGAUCUGGCAUCACUGAUUCUAUAUGCCCACCAGUUGAGCACAGCUUUGGCUUACCUGGAGAGCAAGAGAUUCGUGCACAGGGACAUUGCUGCCAGGAAUGUGUUGGUGUCUUCCGCAGACUGUGUGAAACUUGGAGACUUUGGACUCUCCAGGUACAUGGAGGAUAGCUCCUAUUACAAAGCCUCCAAAGGGAAACUUCCAAUCAAGUGGAUGGCACCAGAAUCCAUAAACUUCCGCCGCUUUACCUCAGCCAGUGACGUGUGGAUGUUCGGUGUGUGCAUGUGGGAGAUACUGAUGUACGGCAUCAAGCCCUUCCAAGGUGUAAAGAACAACGAUGUGAUUGGGCGAAUAGAGAACGGCGAACGCCUGGCCAUGCCCCCCAACUGCCCUCCCACAUUUUACAGCCUAAUGACCAAGUGUUGGGCGUACGACCCGGGCAAGAGGCCACGCUUCACUGAACUCAAGACCCAGCUCAGCACUAUUCUGGAGGAGGAGAAAGCUCAGCAGGAGGAGCGCAUGCGUAUGGAGAUGAGGCGACAAGUCACAGUGUCCUGGGACUCUGGUGGAUCAGAUGAUGCUCCUCCCAAACCCAGCCGGCCAGGUUAUCCCAGUCCCCGGUCCAGUGAAGGUUUCUUCCCGAGUCCUCAACAUGCAGGCCAGCAUAAUCAUUACCAGGGAUCUUCUUACUCUGGAUCUCACGGUAUGCCGUCAAUGCCCAGUGGAGGAUACCCAGCCCAGGCCUCUGUUCUGGAGCCACAUGAGACCUGGAACCAUCACAGACAAGACGUACCGGUGUGGUCUCCGAAUAUGGAAGACGGAGGUGCUCUGGACAUGCGGGCACUGGGUCAGGGGCUGCCACCUCACCUGAUGGAGGAGAGGUUGAUGAUGCAGCAGCAGCAGAUGGAGGAGGAUCAACGCUGGCUGGAGCAGGAGGAAAGCUUCCUGAAGCCGGAGUCCAGGAAUUCAAGGGGCAGCAUUGACCGGGAGGACGGUGCUCUCCAGGGGCUGACGGGAAACCAGCAUGUAUACCAACCUGUGGGUAAAGCAGAUCCUGGAGCUCCACCUAAGAAGCCUCCUCGUCCUGGAGCUCCGAGCCACCUGAGCAGCACAGCCAGCAUCAGCCCGGUGGACAGCUAUAACGAGGGCGUUAAGAUCCAGCCUCAGGAGAUUAGUCCACCACCUACAGCCAACCUCGACCGCUCCAAUGAUAAAGUGUAUGAGAAUGUGACUGGACUGGUGAAGGCAGUGAUCGAGAUGUCCAGUAAAAUCCAACCUGCGUCUCCUGAAGAAUACGUGCCCAUGGUGAAGGAAGUGGGACUGGCUCUGAGAACGCUGCUCGCGACUGUAGAUGAGACCAUCCCUAUUUUACCAGCUAGCACACACAGAGAGAUCGAGAUGGCUCAGAAGCUGUUGAACUCGGACCUGGCUGAGCUGAUCAAUAAGAUGAAGCUGGCGCAGCAGUACAUGCUCACCAGCCUGCAGCAGGACUACAAGAAACAGAUGCUCACAGCUGCACAUGCCCUCGCUGUCGACGCCAAGAACCUGCUGGAUGUAAUCGACCAGGCCAGGCUGAAGAUGAUCACUCAGUCACGGCCCCACUAGUCCUGUCCUCUGGCACGGAGAGUUCAGGAGAGCGGGAUACUAUAAUAGCACAGGAGAGAGACAAGAGGACACAAUGUCCACUGCUGGGACAAUACGGUGAUGUCGUGUCAUAUACUGAAUCGCAGCACAGCACCAGUGGCUCUUCACAUGGAACACACCUCUAUGCCUGACGUCUCACCAAAAGAAUAUGAAAUAAGCCUUUUCUAUAGAGACUUACACACACUAUGGACUUGGAGAUACAAUGCUAAUCAACUUUUUAUUGUUCUAUUUGUGCUGGCUGUUUUUGUUUUGCUUUUUUUUUUUUUUUGUAUUUUUGUUUUUAUCAAGUCCAGAGAUGAACUCGAGCAACGGAUACUUUUAUCUGAGAAAACACCACAACUGGAACCACACGGAAAUCAAAGCUAAUGCAGAGCCUGGAACAACCUGAUCUAAUCCAAAGGUGGACUGCAGACACACACACACACACACACACACUUCCUCUUCUGGACAGUUCUAUGGCUGAUCAUUGUCAUUAUUCUCUCUCUCACACACACGCACACACACCGAGGGCUCACACUGUUCUUUUUAUCCUCUGACUUCCACUCAGGGGGCACCUUGAGACACGACAUAACACAUCAUGCUGUUUAAAGUCAUCAUAUUCUGCACAACAAUGCAUAUAUUUUUUAAAGAAUUGUCUAUGGAAUAAAGAUUAAAAAAUAGCGUAUCUCUAAUACUGGGGUAUUAAUGGGUAGAAAAAUGUCAUCAGGGACUGUUAGAAACAAAUUCAAUUCAGUAAACACCUCUUAUUCAUAUCAGACAGUAAAGCACACUUUUAGUAGCUCGAAGGCCUUUUCUUACUCAUCGCUUCCUCAAAGCUGAUAAAUGUAGACAUAGUCCACAUUUACCACAAACAUUUACGUCUUUCCCCAGGCUGACAAACUCACUCAUGUUGCCCUUGUGUAUAGUACAAUCUAUAAAUGAAUCCACUUUGUCACUCUGAUAAAUUAUUCUCAGGAAAAAAAAAACUGACUGUACAGAACCUUUAACUAAU